AAUGCCUCGUUGGUCCAAAUGUGAUGUGCUGUGACACUUUGACCUCAUCUCGCCUUUGUUAACUCGGCGCCGCGGGAUCGGCACCUUCCUAGUGCGUCAAGAUAGCGCCGACAGUCCGCUAGAUGUACGUUAGGAGUCAGAGUAUAUCACCUUACGAUAUGUAUAAGACGACGCGCCUUGGGAUGUCAACGUUCUUCAUCCCCGACUAUACUUUGGACAGUCUCUCAUACCGUACUAUUUCCCCGAAUACUACCCAAUCAACGCGGACCCAUUCGUUAGUCUCGGGUUAAUACUGAUGGAGUCGAAUACAUCCUACGGUCUCGACGCGGCCUCUAUCGCUCGUCUUUCUUUACACGACCCUGCCAAUUUUAGCGUCCAGCGCUCCCAGACUCAACAUCGCCUUGAGCUGCUGAAGCAUUGGAAUGUCUCUCCGGGCGCGAAAGUGCUUGAGCUAGGGUGCGGCCAAGGGGACUGUACCACUGUUCUUGCCGCUGCUGUAGGUGAGCAGGGGACGGUGGUAGCGCUCGACCCAGCAGACUUGGAUUAUGGCUCGCCAUACACCCUUGGCCAAGCCCAGGGUCACAUCUCGCAGGGUCCUUUGGGUCGGCAGAUCACUUGGGUCCAGCAAUCACCCCAGGAGUACCUCUCCUCACUAUCCUCCGGUGACAGCAAAACUUUUCACGCAACCGUCCUCGCACACUGCCUAUGGUACUUCUCCUCCCCCUCGCUUAUAUUGUCCACUUUCCGUGCCAUCAGGCAGCAUAGCAAGCGUCUCCUCCUUGCCGAGUGGUCGUUGGUCGCAACUCCCUUUUCCCAGCCUCAUGUCUUGGCUGCGCUCACCCAGGCAGCCUUAGAGUGCCGUAAACCGGAGAGCAUCUCAAAUGUCCGCAUGGUACUGAGUCCAAAACGACUUACACAACUAGCCCUGGCUGCCGGGUGGCAACUGGAAGGCGAGACCUCUGUGCAGGCUGGCGAGGAUCUUUUAGACGGACAGUGGGAAGUGUCGGCGUGUCUCUCUCCGUCCUUUGAGAAGCAGGUGGAGGAGUAUGUGAAUGACGAGAGAGAACGAGGCGUGAUCCUUGCAUUGCGGGAUGCUUGUGAAGUAAGUUUAGAGGGUGUGCAUGGUGGCAGAUCUGGGAUUAGGGGGAUGGACGUGUGGGUUGCCAGUUUUACUUGAUCAGGCAAGCUGAGUGAGUCGUACAAAGACCGGCGAAGCCCACGUGCAAGGCGUGUACGUGUUUGUUCCAUCAUCGCUCCCUCCUAUUCAGGUACUUUGAGAGGUGGU